AUGAAGGUAUGUUUCAGGAUAGGAGAGAAAGGGGGUUCAUUGGGAGAGACCCCGGGACAAACACCCCGCCGUGGUUGUUCUUUGGAGAGGGAGAUGAAGACGGAAAAGCAGCGCUUUUGUCAAGUUUGCAAUGGCACCAUUGAUCACAUUUGAACAGCUCGAGCUCGAGCUCGAGCUCGAGCUGUUGGUACCAGAGUUUAUGAGUUAUCCCUUGGAGUCAUUUCAAAAACAAAGAAACAGCUAAAACCUCCCCCCGUCAAGGAUCUGACCUCUGUAUGAAAUUCAACUUUUCAUGACAGCUCCCCCCCCCCCAAUGGAUGUCUCAUCCUUGUGUUUUUUUUUCACGGUUGAAAAAAAUAGUCGAUACUAACACCCUCCCUCAGUUAAACAUUUCUUAUCCAGCCAACGGUACUCAAAAAUGUGUCGAGAUUGACGAUGAGCACAAACUCAGAGUCUUUUACGAAAAAAGAAUGGGCCAAGAAGUCGAAGGUGACUCUGUAGGUGACGAAUUCAAAGGCUACAUCUUCAAAAUCACCGGAGGCAACGAUAAACAAGGUUUCCCCAUGAAACAAGGUGUCAUGCACCCCACCAGAGUCAGACUCUUGUUGGCCAAGGGCCACUCCUGCUAUAGACCAAGAAGAACUGGUGAGCGUAAAAGAAAAUCAGUUCGUGGCUGCAUUGUUGCUCAAGACUUGUCCGUAUUGGCCUUGUCCAUCGUCAAGCAAGGUGACGCUGACAUUGAAGGUUUAACCGACACCACCGUCCCCAAGAGAUUGGGUCCAAAGAGAGCUAACCACAUUAGAAAAUUCUUUGGUUUGACCAAAGAGGAUGACGUUAGAGACUAUGUCGUUAGAAGAGAAGUCGUCAAGGGCGACAAGACAUACACCAAGGCCCCCAAGAUUCAAAGAUUGGUGACUCCUCAAACUUUGCAGAGAAAGAGAGCUCUCAAGGCCCAAAAGGUCAAGAAUGCUCAACACCAAAGAGAUGCUGCUGCUGAGUAUGCUCAAUUGUUGGCCAAGAGAUUGCAUGAGAGAAAGGAAGAAAAAGUCCAAAUCAAGAAGAAGAGAGCUGAAUCCGUCAAGAACUAA